AUGUCUGCAGCGAAGAAAGCCCAACAAGCUAAGAUGGCUCAAGCACUUGCUAUUGCUGCUCUCGUACAAGCACCAGCUUCUCCAAUGAAGACCAAGCUUGAUCACGAAGAAAGGGGCAAGCGCAGCACUGCAUACAGGAUCGGACCGUCUAGAGUGUCCAAGAACUCCAGCCCUAAGGGCAAAGGGAAGCUCAAGAAAGGUACGCUGCAGAAGAGCCCAAUGCAGAAGUCUCCGCCGAAGCAGAAACGAUCCACCGGCAAAUCGAAGGGCUCCAACGUCAACAAUCCGUGCGACUUCCUGGCACUCCACCCGGACGUCCGCAAAAUCAUCUACAAGUACGUACUCGCAGGAAGUACUCAUGCCGAUCUCGAACCAGCAGGCAUCCAGCGGCCAUCGCACCUCAGCAAUGGCUACACCAUCCCUGCCAUUCUCAAGGUUUGCAGCUCCGUUCGUCUGGAAGCUGCUCAGGUGUGGUACCCUCAAAUGACCUUUCUCUAUUGCCACGAGAAGACCCUGCUUGAUUGGCUCCGCCUGAUCGGGCCUGCCAAUAGAGCAAUCGUCAGGACUCUCCGCCCGGACCGCAUCCUCCAGUCGCAGCGAUGGGCCGAGGCUGCGGUUGUGUUUACUCACGCCAGGAUCAAGGAUGCCGGCUUCGAAGAGAUCGUCGAGGACGCUAUCGAGGCGGCGUUCUGGAAGAAGUCGCCGGAGGUGGUGGGUGGUUCGUGUGAGGGCAAGUGGGCGUUUAUUCGGGGCGAGAAGUGGGCUGUGGACGGGGCUGUUGCCGCAUAA